GGCCUACGUGGCAGCCGCUGGAGCAGCGGACGGGGAGCGAGGCCGGCCGCCGGGCACUUCCUGUGGAGGCCGCAGCGGGCGCGGGCGCCGACGGGCCGAGCGCCGAGGGAGCGAGCGAGCGAGCGAGCCGAGCCUCCCGCCGCCGCCAUGGGCCAGAACGACCUGAUGGGCACGGCCGAGGACUUCGCCGACCAGUUCCUGCGCGUCACCAAGCAGUACCUGCCGCACGUGGCUCGCCUGUGCCUGAUCAGCACUUUCCUGGAGGACGGCAUCCGCAUGUGGUUCCAGUGGAGCGAGCAGCGCGACUACAUCGACACCACCUGGAACUGCGGCUACCUGCUGGCCUCCUCCUUCGUGUUCCUCAACCUGCUGGGACAGCUGACUGGCUGCAUCCUGGUGCUGAGCAGGAACUUCGUGCAGUACGCCUGCUUUGGGCUCUUCGGGAUCAUAGCGCUGCAGACGAUUGCCUACAGCAUUUUGUGGGACUUGAAGUUUCUGAUGAGGAACCUGGCCCUGGGAGGCGGCUUGCUGCUGCUCCUGGCGGAGUCGCGUUCCGAAGGGAAGAGCAUGUUCGCGGGCGUGCCCACCAUGCGCGAGAGCUCCCCCAAGCAGUACAUGCAGCUGGGGGGCAGGGUCUUGCUGGUCCUGAUGUUCAUGACGCUGCUUCACUUUGACGCCAGCUUCUUCUCGAUUCUCCAGAACAUCGUGGGCACAGCUCUGAUGAUUUUGGUGGCCAUUGGCUUUAAAACCAAGCUGGCUGCUUUGACUCUUGUGGUCUGGCUGUUCGCGAUCAACGUCUACUUCAACGCCUUCUGGACCAUUCCUGUCUACAAGCCCAUGCACGACUUCCUGAAGUACGACUUCUUCCAGACCAUGUCGGUGAUCGGCGGCUUGCUCCUGGUGGUGGCCCUGGGCCCUGGGGGCGUGUCCAUGGACGAGAAGAAGAAAGAGUGGUAACAGACCCCCCUCCCUGCCUGGCUGGGACCCGUGGCCGUCGGACUGGUCCAGGGUGGAUUCGGCGUACCUGCCGGCGUUUGUCCCCUCCUCCCCCCCUCCCUGGGUAAAGGCACAGAUGUUGUGAGAACUUUAUUUGCAGACACCUGAUAGUGAUGGCUAAAUCUGCUCUGGACCCACGACCUGGCAUCUGACCACUCGGAGCUGCUGGUCCUCGGUCAGCGCCUCCCUCCCCAGGGCAGAGCCGCAGCCUCCAGGAGCGAGUGGCUGCUUGGCUGGGGCCUCUCAGUCCUGGUUUUUGUUUCUUUCUUGGGGUGGAGGACCUUCAAGCUGUACUGUGAGCAGAUACACUUGUGUAUCAUUCAAAGCAGUCUCCCUCUUAUUAUUUUUUAAAAGUUUACGUUUUUAGCUAAAACUACUCAAUGAUUUGGGAUGGCCCAGCCAAACAACACACUGGUUCAAAAUCACACCGGUGGCUUCCACGUUGUUUCUGCCCUGCAUUCUGAUACUUUAUAGGGACAGUGAGGACAUUUAGAAAACCCCCAAACCCAAAGAAUAAGGCAGUAUUAGAGGGUGACCGAGGCUGCUCUUAAUGGUAACCGGUAUUGAUCAGAAAAUUGGCUCCGAUUGGUGGUCUUUAUGGGUGAUACUCUGGGAGCAGUAGUGGCUCAAGGGGGGACGGUGACCCUGGGGAAGCCGCCUGGAGCCCACGGGGACCCGCCGCCCUGGCCUGGCAGCACGUCUGCACGUGGGCCUCGACUCCCGUGGGACCAGCCUGGGAGCAGCUGUCACCGAGGGGCCGGGCGGGCUCUCAGACCAGUUACCUCACGCUGACCUUGUCCCAGAGCCACGGCUGCAGCUGGGCCGGUGCUGCCCGGCCGUCUCCACCGCGGGGCUCCCCGAGGCCGCGCAGCCACCUCUCCCCAUUUUCGCCAGGCUCCUGCUUGCUCAGAUUGCAUAUUUGCUAUGCUGAAUGCAGCCCAAAUUACUUUUCACGAUUUGUGAUGCCUUACCGAUUGGAUCUCGAUCCUGUAUUUAAAGUUUUCUAACAUUGCCUUA